AUGGCGGACCCCUUGAGCAUCGCCACGGGCGUCUUGGCCCUCUUCCAGGGCGUCUAUCUCACGUCUAGGUUCGUUUACCGGCAAGUCUUGGUCGCGAAAGGCUUCCACGCCGGGAAGGCCGAGAUGGCGGGGGACUACCGCUUCCAGAUCGUGCGGCUCAGGACAUUCUGGAUCGUCCUGACGCGUGAGAUUGGCCCCAAGACCACUGCCAACUCGCUUGCCGGUCUUCACAAGGCAUGUCCAGAGGUCCUGGGGCAGGUGCAUGCCGUCAUGCUAGACAUUGCCACCGGGCUGAACGCAUACGCGACAGUUGCCAGAGAGAUGGAUGAGGAAUACGCAAGAUACUCGGAGAGAGCAUUCGUCCUCACCGAUGCCAGCAAAGCGCUGCUGGAACUCCCGCUCGACCUCGACGACGCUGCCGGGCCGACUAAGGCGGAACGCGAUGCCGAAAAGUGUGCGGCAGAAGACGCAGCCGAAAAUUGUGCGGCAGAAGAUGCAGCAGCAGCAGCAGCAGCAGCAGCGCCCAACGCCAAACCCGAGCCCCAAGAGAGGGGUUUCUGGAACAUUUUCGGCAAGAAGCAAGACGAGAAGCAGGCCGACAAGCAGGUCGACAAGCAGGCCGACAAGCAGGCCGACCAGACCAGGUCCGGUGUCCGGUGGAAGGAGAUACCGCGGGCGUUUGCUUGGUGUUUCGAGGUAAGGCGGCUGCGGAAGUCGCUCAAGGUGCUAACCGGCAAGAUCGACAAGCUCCUACUGCUGGGCCCGUACCUGGUCGCGACUCUCGACCACAACAGCACCGUCGGCCAGACAAUUCAGACGGCGGACAGCGGGAGGGCCUUCCAGAGCUACCGGGCCCACCUGAUGCUGCAGAAAAAGGCCGCUGACGUCAAAAGCGGCGUGAAAUUGACCGACGUCGACGAGUCAUCGUGGAAUAUCAUGCAAGCCUACAUCGCCGACUCGCGCCAGACGUCGACCCGUAUCCUGGUGGAGCGCAAGGUUUCGAGCAACUUCGCGCGCAGCAGCAUGGACCCGGCGGCGGUGCGCGAGAGGAGCGAGGAGGUCAAGUUCGCGCCGCAGCUCGCCAGCUUCCUUGCCGUGGCGGGCCAGGAGUUCCUCGACGGCGCCACGCUCGGCAUCCUGCCGUUCAAGGGCUUCGCUAAGGACCCGGCGCCCAACGGCUGCUUCACCUUUGCCUUCGGAUUCCCGCGCGGCACGCUGAGCCGCGCGCCGCCCAGCCUGCACGAGCUGAUCGUCUCGGACCGCAAGGCCCACCGGCUGGGCCUGCCGGCGCGCUUCCAGAUCGCCAAGGCCGUGGCGCAGUGUCUCGGCACGCUGCACUCGGACUGGUGGCUGCACAAGCGCAUCAGCAGCCGCGUCGUGCGCUUCUUCUUCCGCCAGAGCCACGGCGGCGGCGGCGAGUCUCUCGACACGGCGGCGCCGUACCUAACCGACUUCGCCUUCGCGCGGCCGACGUUCGGCGUCUUCUCGGCCUACGAGAGCGUCGACAGCGUGGUACACGACAUCGACCGCGACGUGUACCGGCAUCCAGAGCGCGUCGGCGCGCCGCCCAAGGCCUACUACAACCCGAUGCACGACGUCUACUCGCUGGGCGUGGUUCUGCUCGAGAUUGGGCUGUGGCGCACGGCGCGCCAGCUGUACGACGACGACUUCAAGGACGCUCAAGGGGUCACGGGGAUUGAUGUGACGAAGGCGUUCCUCAAGCGCGCCAGAACGGAGCUCGACCACCGCAUGGGGCCCGCAUAUCGCGACGCCGUCGUGCUGUGCCUCGACGGCCGCAAGCUGGGCAGCCACCAGGGCGGCAAGAACUUGCAGUUUGGCAUCGAAUUCCAGAAGCAGGUCGUGCAAAAGGUCGACGUUGCCUGCCUGAACGCCGUAGCUACCGGUGACUUCGUGGACGACGAUGCCGCGCCCCCGUCGUAUGAGGAUGUCGUGCCCGUGCGAGGAAAGCUGCCAGCUGGCUCCACCUGA